CUUCACGAUGUUCAUCAAGAAAACUACGAACACGACAUAAACUACACAUACGAAUUGAAUCGUUUUGUUUUUUCCUUUUUGGGUAUCUGGCCGUACGUGCGGACAAAUUUCUGGAUUCUUCAGAAGCUACAAAGGGUCCCACUGUUUUUUGUAUUCUACCUUCUUCUCUGUUCCGAUUUAAUUUCUACUCUCCUUUAUAUAUUCAUGGUGCAAAAGGAGACUCGUGCGAGGAUUAAAGUCAUCGCAGGUGUGUUAUUCACGAUUGUGUCACUCCUCAAGUAUAGCAAUUUUUUUUACCUGAAGAAUCCAAUGAAGAGUUGCAUGAUGUGUGUCGAGAAAGAUUUUCAAAGUGUCAUCAAUCCAACUGCCCGUAACACGAUGCUGUUCCACGUGAGAACCAGUAGACGUUUGUGCAUUCUGUGCAGUAUAUUUAUGUAUGGUGCUGGGUUGACAUAUCGAACGCUCAUACCGUUAACAAGAGGGAAGAUUGUCACUGCUCAGAACAUUACCAUCAGACCCUUGCCAAAUCCUGCUUACUAUAUCAGUCCGGCUUACGAUUGUGUUCUUAGUACAGUGUUUGGCGGGUCUUCUCAGGUACACGUUCACAGUGGCAGGUUGCGGCAUUGCGGCGCUCUUCACGAUGCAUGUUGUGGCGCAAUUGGACAUCUUAAUGGCGCUAAUAAACAACCUAACAAUCGAACAUGA